AUGCACUCCCGGUACCUUGUCUCUGGUCUUCCCAGGGUCCUCCCUCCCCUCCCACCCUCGCCUGCUCCUCCCUGUCUUCCCUGUGUCGAGGGGCAGCAGCGCGCCGCUCCUCACUCCUCCUCGUUUCCCCCGACGACUGCUCCCUUGCAGACGCUCCACAUGGACGUGUGGGGCCCAGCCCGCGUCCGUGGUCAGGGUCAGGAGAGGUACUUCCUGAUAGUUGUUGACGACUACUCGCGCUACACCACGGUCUUCCCCUUGCGCACCAAGGGUGAGGUCCCUGAUGUUUUGAUCCCUUGGAUCCGCAGAGCCCGUCUCCAGCUCAGCGAGCGUUUCCACUCGGACUUUCCUGUCCUGCGUUUGCACUCUGACAGAGGUGGUGAGUUCUCCUCCGACCUCUUGGCAGCCUAUUGUGCUGAGCACGGCAUUGAGCAGUCGUUCACGCUUCCUGCCUCUCCACAGCAGAAUGGGGUUGCGGAGCGCCGCAUUGGCCUGGUCAUGGAGGUCGCCCGUACCUCCUUGAUCCAUGCGGCUGCCCCCCACUUUCUGUGGCCGUUUGCGGUCCGGUACGCUGCGCAUCAGCUCAACCUCUGGCCCCGUGUCUCCUUGCCGGAGACCUCGCCCACACUGCUGUGGACGGGGGAGGUUGGCGAUGCGUCGCGUUUCCGGGUCUGGGGAUCUCGAGCUUUUGUCCGCAAUACGUCCGCGGACAAGCUCUCCUCCCGCGCUGUUCCUUGUGUCUUCCUUGGCUUUGUCCCGGACGCGCCUGGUUGGCAGUUUUACCACGCCACCUCGCGCCGGGUCCUGCCCUCUCAGGACGUCACUUUUGACGAGUCCGUCCCCUACUACCGCCUCUUCCCCUACCGCACUGCCCCGCUCCCCCCCCCGCCUCUCUUCCUCGCGCCAGGUGCUGCUGUAGUAGACCCCCUCCCCCCUCAGGGUGCCGCUCCCUCAGGUGUGUCCCAGGUAGACCCGGUUGAGCCUGUUGAGGUAGCUGUUGACUCUCGUCCUGCUGCGGGUGCGGAGCCUGGGGGUGCGGAGCCUGGGGGUGCGGAGCCUAGGUGUGCGGAGCCUGGGGGUGCGGCGCCUGGGGGUGCGGAUCCUGGUGGUGCGGAGUCAUGGGGUGCUGAGCCUGGGGGUGCUGAGCCUGGGAGUGCUGAGCCUGGGGGUGCUGAGCCGCAGAGUCCGGAGUCUGGGUGUUCUGAGUCUAGAGGUGCUGAGCCUGGGAGUCCUACACCUGGAGGAGCUCUCUCCUCGGAGCAGCUGCGUGAGUGGUACUCACAGUACUGCAGCCUCAGGAGAGGUGCCUCUGGAGCCAGGAGUACUACUGGGACUGGUGCUGGUGCUUCCCCUCCUAGGCGGGAGCUGCCCUCUCUUGAGCGGAUCCGUGAGUGGUACGAGCGGCGCUGCACUCUCCGGAGUGGCGCGCCUGGUGUCGCGGACCCUGGUACUGGCAGUGCUGGAGCUGCUGGAGGCGCUGCUGCUGGCGCUGCUGGUGUUGGAGCUGCUGCUGGUGCUGCGGACCCGGACGUUGGAGCUGCUGCUGGUGCUAAGGACCCGGGCGUUGGAGCUGCUGCUGGUACUGCGGACCCGGGCGUUGGAGCUGCUGCUGGUGCUGCGGACCCGGGCGUUGGAGCUGCGGCUGGUGAUGCGGACCGGGGUGUUGGAGCUGCUGCUGGUGCUGGAGCUGCUAGCGGUGGUGCUGUUGCUGGUGCUGAGGACCCUGGAGUUGGUGUCUCUGCUGCUGGAGGCACUGCGCGGCCGCAGCUGUACUUCGUUCCGCUCCUUCAGCAGGUUCUUGGUCACCCUCCUCCUCCUAGUCCUCCUCCCUCCUUAGCGUGUCCGCCGUCUGUCCGGUCACAGUCACAGUUACUGCCUGCCUCCCCUCUCCCUGGUCCUGCUCCGUACACUGGUCCGACUAGAGGUCUUACUGAGCGUCGUGAGCCUGAGUCUCGUCCUGCGUCGCCGGAGUCUCGUCGUGCGUCGCCUGUCCGUGCUGCUCGCACUGGUCGUCGUGUCCCGCGUCAGCGUCCUCCUGCUGUCCCAGGCACUCACCGGAUGGCGCUUCGUCCUUCCACUGCUCCGCAGCGUGUCCCACUGCCGUCUCCUCCUGCGUCCUCUCUUCCUGCUCUUGCUGACCCGGAGUCAGACUCCCUUCAUGCUGCCAGCCCUACUGUCACGCGUCUCCUGGCUACUGUUGUCACUGACCCUUCCUUUGAGUCCGCUGCUGCGUCUGCCUUAGUUGCUGAGCUUGUUGACUUUGCUGCCACGCAGGAGGAGUUUCAGUGCUUUGCUGCUGCUUUGCCCCAUCUCGUGUCCAUGCUUGUUGCCCCUGAGGGAGACCCGGAUGCACCAGACAUCCCGACCCCACGCUCUUACGCAGAGGCGAUGGCCGGUCCCUACUCCUCUCAGUGGCAAACAGCCAUGGACGCAGAGAUGGCUUCCUGGAAGUCCACAGGCACCUACGUCGACGAGGUUCCCCCGCCUGGGGCGAACAUCGUCAGUGGCAUGUAG